CUGGGGCUGCCCACUUCCUCCUCACAGAUUGUCACCUUUCUCCCUUCCCCCUGGCUUCCUGUUGGGACUUCCUCUCAGUCCUGUGACACCAAGACCCUGACACUUACCCCAGAGAUGCUGCUGCUGCUGCUGCUGGCCCUGCUGUGGGCAGGGUCCCUGGCUGAGGAUGAAGAAUUCUGGCUACAAGUUCCGAGGUCUGUGACGUUGCAGGAGGGCCAGUGUGUCUCUGUGCCCUGCACUGUGAUCUACUCCAAGAAAGGCUGGAACGAGUCUACCCCAGCUCAUGGCUACUGGCUCAAGGAAGGGACCAACACAAACAAGGAUGCUCCUGGGGCCAAAAACAACCCCAAUCGUAAAGUGAAGAACCAGACCACUGGUCUAUUGCACCUUGUUGGGGAUCCACAGACCUACAACUGUUCCCUGCACAUCAGAAACGCACAGAGAGGAGACACAGGAAGAUACUUUUUCCGGGUGGAGAAAGGAUCCUCUGUGAAACACAGUUACAUACACAAUCAACUCUCUGUUCAAGUGACAGAUCCAGUACCUGACAUCCAUAUCCAGAGGACCCUACAAUCUGGCCACCCCAACAAGAUUACCUGUACAGUGUCAUGGGCCUGUGACACACAGACACCACCCAUCUUCUCCUGGAUGGGGGACAACUUUAUACCCCUGGAUCUCAGGACUCCCAACUUCUCAGUGCUCACCCUCACACCAGAGCCCCAGCACCACGGCACCAACCUCACUUGUCGGGUGAAAAUGCCUGGUGGUGAGAUCAGGGAGAGGACCGUCCAGCUCAAUGUGACCUAUGCUCUCCGGAACCUGACCAUUGUGUCCUUGACAGAAGGUACAGUUGCUGAAGCUCUGGCCAAUGGCUCAUCUCUCCAAGUCCAGGAGGGCAAGUCCCUGCACCUGCUGUGUAAAGCUGACAGCAACCCGCCCACCAGUACAAGGUGGACCCGGGGCAGCCUGACCCUGGAGUCCACGAACCAAGGGGUCCUGAUGCUGCCCCAAGUGGAACUGGAGGACUAUGGGAAAUACAUCUGCCGAGCUCAGCAGCUCCAGUCAGUUUCUCUGGAAGUGUCUGUGACCCUCAGUGUCAAGAACCCUCCACAGCUGCAGGGACCCUCCUGCUCGUGGGAGGAUGGGGGUCUGCACUGCAGCUGCUCCUCGAAAGCCCAGCCCACCCCCUCGCUGCUUUGGUGGCUGAGGGAUGGCCUGCUGGAGGGGAACCACAGCAAUGCCUCCCACACAGUCACCUUCCACUCAGCAGAGCCCUGGGCCAACAGCUCCCUGAGCGUCCGUGGGGAGCUGACAUCCAACCUCAGGCUCAGAUGUGAGGCCCAGAACGCCCACGGGAAGGAGACAGUGACUGUCCUGCUGCUGCCAGGGAGACCAGGACAUAGGACAGGAGUGAUUCAGGGGGCUGUCGGGGGAGCUGGUGCCACAGUCCUGCUGGCCGUCUGCCUGGGCCUCAUCAUACUGAGGAUCUGCAGGAAGAAAUAGGCAGAGAAGGCAGAGAGCCAGGAAGGCAUCUCCCAGGGUCACCUGAAUGCACCCUCCUCCCACCACCUGCCCCCAGCACCGGCCGCCUCCCCCUCUGAGCAUGAGCUCCAUUACGCUGCUCUCAGUUUCCACAACAUGAAACCACACAACCCUCAGGCACAGGAGACCCCGUACUCUGAGGUCAAGCUCCGGAAAUGAUGGUGCACCCCCACCCGCAGUAGCUGGCUGGGGAGCCCAGAGAAAGCAUUUCUGCAAAGAAGGUGUGUCAGGGUCUGAUUCUUAAACAGUUAACAGCCCUCUGAGCCAAAGGUCAUGAAUAGAAACCUGAAGUUCCUUGGAGUGACUGAAGUUGUGGAGAUUUCUGGGUUCGAAUCCAGGCCCAGCUACUUACUGAGGGUGUUCCAGCAGGCAAGUCACUUCACCUCUGUGUGCCUCAGUUUCCUGCUCUGUAACAUGGGGGAUAAUUUGAUGACCUACAUUGUUAGGUGAUGAAACAUGC